AUAAUAUAAACAACUGCUCCGUUUUGACAGUUUGAAUUGGUGUUGUUCUUUUUUCUACUGCUCUAACAUUAUUUAUCUAUUGGAAUUUUAAUUAUAUUUCGAAAUAUUCGUUUAAUGUUAGUGAUUUGGUUUGAAUUGAUAGAAAAUGAGUGCCAUAGACUAUUUGAAGAAGGCGGUCGAAUAUGAUAUGAAUGGCAGAAAAUUGGAAUCGCUUAAACUGUAUCAGUCAGGCAUUUCAGCAUUACUGGAAAUAUGCAAAACCGAAACAAAUCCGGAGAAAAAACUACAUUUUCAGCGAAAAAUUGACGAAUACAUGACACGAGCUGAACAAAUUAAGGCCACCAUAACUGAACAACGUAGCCGCGGCGAGAUUAUCGAUAAAAUUCAUAUCAUUGCAAAUGGAACCGGUUAUGGUUACGAAAGAAUUUUCGGAAAAUAUUUGAAUGAUAGCGUAAAAGAGAUUUCAUUAGAGGAACCAUAUCUUAGAGAGUAUUAUCAGUUGAUCAAUCUGGUUCGAUUUUGUGAGCUGGUCGUGCUGAAGUGUCGAAAUCUGAAAUUUUUGAAUGUAACAACAGUGGCGAUUCCAACUGGAACUAACCAACACAACGAUCAAAAAGCAGCAUUUCAAGCAUUAACAAAUGAUUUAAAAAGCCGUAACAUUACAUUCAGCAUUGAUUUCUCCGAACAACUUCACGACAGACAAAUUAUUUUAAGCAAUGGAUAUAUUAUCAAAAUUGGACGCGGUUUACAUUAUUUUCUUCCAGCUGAUAAAUUUUGCUUGGGACAAUACAAUUUCGACUUUCGCAAAUGCAAAGAAACCAAUAUUGAUAUAUUUUAUUGUCCAGAAAAUAAAACUUCGUGAUAGCAACAGAUUUAGACCAGAUAUUUCGUUAUCAAGAUAAGACACAUUAUUAUAAAAAAAAAGAGAAAUGAUUUGUUACAACAAUCAUGAAAAAUGUGUUCAAUUGUUCUAUUUAAAAAUAAAAUUAUUCGAUUUGUUACAAUGGACUAUUACAAAACUGUUGAAUUGAACGAAAAAAGUAUUUUCAUGAUGAAAAAAAAGUUUAAUUAAAACACUUGAACGAAAUCGAUUAUUCUCAAAGUUUUUCAAGUCAUUUUAUUUCAUACGAUCACAGUAUUGGUAUUCCUUUUCGAUGAAUGACAUUAAGUCUUGAAUUAAAAUAAUUUCUAGAAAUAUUUGAAACUACAUCGGGUUUGUCGUCAAUAAUUAAUUACAACGAAGAUUGUCAUUGAGCAGUAUUCAUUACUAGGUCUACCUCCAACGAUUCGACAAGCCGUUUGAAAAUGUUUUAUUAAGCAUCUGUUUUUUACUGUCAUAAAUUAUGACUCAUAACGUUGUUGGGAUACUUUCGGAAUUAUAAAAUAAUUAAUUUAUUUUUCGGUUGAUACAUUUUUAUUGUCAUAUUAGAGCUAAACACAGAAUAAUAUUUUUAAAAUCUGAAUUCAAAUGGAAUUGUAAUAUUGGUGGAGUUUAUGGAGUUUUGGUGAACAAUCACAAUUUUAUCAGCUUACAUCAAACAUAUAAGUGGCUGAUAAUAAAAGUGAAAAUAGCCAAUCUAUGUUUGUAAUAAAAUGUCAUACCAAAGACACUUUGGAACGAUCUCUUACUUCGAAACCGCUAUUUCCAUUUUCAGUUUCAGCCAAUGUAGAAUCUGUUAUACAAAUACGAAAUAAAAUUAAAUAAUGACUAUACUUCUUUGA